UUUCUUUGGCGACAACUCAACACCGCCCUUUCCACUGAGACAGUUACUUAGUCCCUGUCACUCGCUCACCCGCAAACUGUCCGCUGGUAUAACGACACUUCAAGAGCACCCUUGCCAACAUGUCCGCUGCAGCAGCGGCUCGACGCCACAAUCCCCUCGAACAUGACAUUUCCACCGCCGGUGGCCGUCUCCGGACAAAGUCAGUUACCGGCAAGAGGAAGUCAAGAUCUGACGACACUUCCAGCCGCGGAGAUAACUACAUCGAUGCUAGGUCCUCGAGAAAAAUCCUAGCAAUUGCCCAAGACCUCGCAGACGAAGAAGCCGCCGAUCAACGUACUGCAAAAGCCGUUCCCUCCCCGCACGCCGCUUUCGGUUUUGAUUCCAGAUUUGCUGGAGAUCACCAAGACGAUGAUCAAGAUCAUUACGCCGAAGAAGAUGACUGGGCCCCCGACCAAGAGGAAGAGAUUGUCAUUGACGAAGACAUGGACCCUGAGGAAUUGGCUGUCUACAAGAAAUUCCUUAACCAAGGAGAAGAUCUCGCCGAUUUUGCUCCCAGUCUUGCAAAUCUUUCCACCGGCCCUCGAUCUCAUGAUCUUGACGCUACAACGUCACCUGAUCUUGACAACGCCGAGGGACAGCCGACCAACCUCACAGAAUUGAUCCUCCAAAGGAUCGCCGAGAAAGAGGCCCUCGACGCCGCCCGCUCCCAAGGACGAGAGCCAGCCUUCGUCCCACCUCCAGAUGCCGUGGAAAUCCCCGCAAGAGUCGCUGAGACCUUCACCAAAGUCGGUCAGCUGCUUUCUCGAUACAAGUCUGGCCCAUUGCCCAAACCAUUCAAGGUCUUACCUACCCUUCCACAAUGGCCUGACCUCCUGUCCAUCACCCGACCAGAUAGCUGGACCCCCCAUGCUGUUUACCGUGCCACCAAAAUCUUCAUUUCUGCGCCUGCAGCCACCGGUCAAUAUUUCUGCAACGAAGUCUUGCUCGAGAGAGUACGUGAAGAUAUUCAAGAGACCAAGAAACUAAACGUCCACCUCUACAAUGCCUUGAAGGCCACCUUCUAUCGACCCAGUGCCUUUUUCAAAGGGUUUCUCUUCCCACUGGUGGAAUCGAGUUGUACCCUUCGCGAAGCACACAUCAUCUCCAGUGUUCUCGCCAAGAUCAAGAUCCCUGUCCUUCAUUCCGCUGCCGCCUUGCUUCGCCUGUGCGAGAUAUGUGCAGAACAGACUAGUAACAUCAAUAGUGAAGCUGCGGGGUCCACCAAUAUCUUCAUUCGCAUUCUGCUGGGUAAGAAGUACGCAUUGCCCUACAAGGUCGUCGAUGCUCUCGUGUUCCACUUUCUACGAUUCCGUGCUUCCAAGGAUCCUAACAACGGCGACGACAUGCCUGGUCUGGGCAGUAAAGAGGCUAAAUUACCCGUGUUGUGGCAUCAGAGUCUCUUGAUCUUCGCACAGACGUAUCGAAAUGAAAUCACAGAAGACCAGAGAGAGGCCCUUUUGGAUCUUUUGCUGGUUCGAGGUCAUAAAGAGAUUGGCCCAGAGGUCAGGAGAGAAUUGCUGGCCGGUCGGAAUCGGUCGGGCCUAGGGCCAACCGGGGAGGAUGGCAUGGUCUUAGAUAGACCUCCCACGCCUCAAGAUACCAGAGACGACGGUGAUGAUACUAUGGAUGUGAUCCAAUAACCAACCUGGAAUAGAGUAUCUUGUUUGGAAGUCUAGCGAUGAAUAAUGAUUGAAUGAAGGCACUUGUCACCCAAAGUCAUUGCACAUAUUGCAACGUU